AUGCCUCGAAAAGCCAUUGACUCGCGCAUUCCAGCGCUAAUCCGCAAUGGCAUUCAGGAAAAGAAGCGCAGUUUCAUCGUCGUUGUGGGCGACCGAGCCAAAGAUGUCAUUGUCCACCUCCACUAUAUCAUGUCCUCGGUCGAUAUCAAGCAGAACAGAUCGGUCCUGUGGGCUUACAAGAAAGACCUGCUAGGUUUCACUUCCCACCGCAAAAAACGUGAGGCAAAGAUCAGGAAAGAAAUCAAGCGAGGCAUUCGAGAUCCGGAUACCGAAGAUCCCUUUGAACUCUUCGUCACUUUGCACAAUAUCCGAUAUGUUUACUACAAAGAGACGGACAAGAUCCUUGGUAACACCUAUGGCAUGUGCAUUCUUCAAGACUUUGAGGCCAUUACGCCGAACUUGCUCGCCAGAACUGUGGAAACGGUAGAAGGCGGUGGGCUGGUUCUCCUCCUGCUGAAAGGGAUGAAGAGUCUGAAGCAGCUCUACACAAUGUCUAUGGAUGUACACUCCAGAUAUCGUACCGAAGCCCACGAUGAUGUGGUGGCCAGGUUCAAUGAGAGGUUCAUACUCUCCUUGGGGAAUUGCGAGUCUUGCCUAGUGGUGGAUGACGAGCUCAAUGUUCUUCCCAUUUCUGGAGGAAAGAAUGUUCAGCCUUUGCCACCACCUAGUAGCGAGUCUGAACGUGUCCUGCCGACCCAGAAGGAGUUGAAGGAUAUUAAAGACAGCUUGGCUGACAGCAGACCUGUGGGACCUCUGAUCACCUUGGCCAAAACUGUCGACCAAGCGAAGGCACUCCUCACCUUCGUCGACGCAAUAUCAGAGAAAACCCUCCGGAGUACUGUCACACUCACUGCGGCUCGAGGACGAGGAAAAUCCGCUGCUCUUGGAGUGGCCGUUGCUGCUGCCAUAGCUCAUGGCUACAGCAAUAUUUUCAUCACCUCCCCUAGUCCUGAAAAUCUGAAGACAUUAUUCGAAUUUGUCAUCAAGGGCUUUGACGCCCUAGAAUAUAUGGACCAUGUUGACUAUACGAUUUUGCAAUCCACGAAUCCAGACUACAACAAAGCCAUUGUUCGGAUCAACGUACACCGACAACAUCGGCAAACCAUCCAGUAUAUCCAACCCCAAGACGCCCAUGUCCUCGGUCAAGCAGAACUGGUUGUGAUAGAUGAGGCAGCAGCGAUCCCUUUGCCGUUGGUCCGGAAAUUGAUGGGACCCUAUCUAGUCUUCAUGGCUUCCACCAUCAAUGGAUACGAAGGCACCGGCCGUUCACUGUCGUUGAAGCUCAUCCAACAACUACGAGAGCAAUCCAGAGGUGGGGUCAGCACCAAUGGAGACGAUGUCGAGGUCGCGGAUAAGGCUACAGGCAAGGCAGCCAAGGAUGGUGCUAAAGUCUAUGCCGGCGGAAGGAGUUUGAGAGAGAUUACUUUGUCGGAACCUAUCCGUUACGCACCCGGAGACGGCGUCGAGAAAUGGUUGAAUCGACUGUUAUGUCUUGACGCCACCUUGCCCAAGUCGAAGAUGAACACUCAAGGGACGCCCCAUCCAUCAACCUGCGAAUUGGUCCAUGUCAACCGCGAUACCCUGUUCUCCUUUCAUCCUGUCUCAGAAAAGUUCCUACAACAAAUGAUGGCGCUCUACGUUGCUUCUCAUUACAAGAAUUCUCCCAACGACCUUCAACUCAUGUCCGACGCUCCGGCACACCAGCUCUUUGUCCUGAUCCCUCCGAUACCCGAGGACGCCAACAAACUACCAGAACCUCUGUGUGUCAUUCAAGUCGCUCUCGAGGGUCGGAUCAGCAAGAAAUCUGUUCUGAGCGGCUUAUCCCGUGGUCAAAGGGCUGGUGGUGACUUGAUUCCCUGGCUAGUAAGUCAGCAGUUCCAAGAUUCGGAAUUUGCCGGCUUGUCAGGCAGUCGUAUAGUGAGAAUUGCGACCAACCCGGAGUACCUGAACAUGGGAUACGGAUCACGGGCACUGGAGCUCUUGAGGGACUUCUACGAAGGCAAGUUCACCUCCCUGUCCGAGAUGGAUGAAGCGACAAUCGAGGACGCAGAACACAUGCCCCGUGUCACCGACGCCGAGCUCGAAGAAUCCAACCUGCUAGACGACAACAUCAAAGUGCGCGAUAUACAUCAAAUGCCACCAUUGUUCAGCAAACUCUCUGAACGACGACCCGACCAUUUGGACUACCUUGGGGUCUCGUACGGCUUGACCCAGCCACUCCAUAAAUUCUGGAAGAGACACUCUUUUGCCCCCGUCUACCUGCGGCAAACACCCAAUGAACUGACGGGUGAACAUUCCUGCGUCAUGCUCCGGCCCCUGUCGACAAGCACAACGACAGAUAACUCGUGGCUUGCGGCUUAUGCGCAAGAUUUCCACAAGCGGUUCCUUACUUUGCUGUCAUUUCAGUUCCGCACAUUUCCCUCAAUUCAAGGAUUAUCCAUUUCCGAAUCCGCAUCACGAGCCACAAAAUCUAUUGCUUCCGAAGACUACUCGUCGUCGUUGAAUGUCAAACCUCUGACCAAAGCCGAUCUUGACGCCCUCUUCUCGCCCUUCGAUCUCGCCCGUCUAGAGUCGUACGCCAACAACCUGCUCGAUUACCACGUCAUCCUCGACCUUCUCCCUGCCCUCGCGUAUUUGUAUUUUACCGGCCGCCUCAAGCUCCCACCUUGCAAUGUCAGUCUCUCAGGUGUCCAGCAGAGUAUAUUGCUGGCCAUCGGCUUGCAAAGGAAGGACCUCGGCGAGGUGGAAAAGGAGCUGAACCUGCCGAGCAACCAGCUAUUGGCUAUGUUUGUCAAGGUGGUGAGGAAGAUAAGUACAGCGUUGAGGGCGGUGGUCAGUGGCGAGGUGGACGCGAGUUUGGGUGAGAAGAAGGAAAUCGAACUAAAUAAUAGGGAAGAGGCAAUGAAAUCAGCACCCAGUGGCGGUGGCAGAGUACAUAUUGCCCCUUUGGGUCCAGCGAAUGGUGCGGAUGACGAGGAAGAAUCUGGGGAAGAAGUUGAUCCUGGGAUGAGAGAGAAACAGAGGGCAAUGAUCGAUGCGCUGCCGCUUGACAAGUACGAAAUCUCCACCACCAGCGCAGCAGACGACAACGCAGCUUGGGAGCAAGCAGAGCGACAAGUCCGCGAGGGCGGCAAUAGCACCGUCGUGAGCGUCAAAAGUGCCGGGAAAGCGAAGAAGCGAAAAAUCGACGACGAAGCUGGAGAUGGAGACGCGGAUGCAGAUGGAUCGAGAGUGGGCGAUGAUCACGACAGGGACCUCCAAGGAAGGCGGAAAGACAAGAAAGGCACCUCGAGGAUAGAGGGCGGCGGUGGCGAGGGAAGGAAGAAGAAGAUCAAAGGCAAGGAGAAGAGGAGGGCGUGA